AUGCCGCCUACUGCAGCCCGGCGGCACCGAUCAAGGUCCUCUGUUGAUUCACUCCUAGAGCUCGUCCACGGCCUAAACGACCAUGACGUGCACCGCCUGUUGGCCGACCUGAAUAACACGACCGAAGGAAACGUGGCCGUUGCCAAGGCACUCGACAUUUUCCAAAAACCUAGCUCGCCCAAGUUCGAAUUUGGAUCAAGACACGUCAGCAACCCAUCGCCGUCCCUACUCGUAUCUCGCUCUCGCCGCCCGGCCGCCGACCACAACAACUACCACAGGGGAUACAACAACGAUCACUACACCCAUUUGCGCCUGCACCAUGCGACGAACUCGCCUGCUUCAAAGGCACAAGCACCAGCCGAUGGCUGUGUCAGCAAUUCUGGGACCACCUUUGGCAAGCGCAUAUCGUCGGCACCGCUUCUAGACAGAGAGCGCGCAUUGCCUCCCCGACAAAGUCCGACGACAUGCGAAACACUGGCGGAGAGCCAACCGACAAAUAUUUGCGUACCAAGCCGUGGGAGACCCCCGUCAACUCCCACAAAAAUAAAUUUUUCUCGCCCCGUGGCACGAUCACCAGGUUCACCCUUGCAUGAAUCACAAACCCCGUGCCUUUUCGUGCCCUCGGUCCCGCCUCCUGUCCCGGUUCCUGAAUCAUCGCCGCCGCCACCACAGAGGGCAUCAUCUCAAGGGCGUCGGGCAUACAAACGCAUCAGCCGUCCAAAGUUCCACCUGCCAUUGUCUGCGGCAGCAAACAGCACCACCCAGACAUCGUUGCACGUGCCGGCGUUUGCAUUUCCCGGCGACGGCAGCCGGGAACAAGAUGAGGACGGGGAGCACGGUCAGCAGCAGCCCGAUCUUCGCGCACUGCUCCUAGCAGCAUACACCUUGGGGGAUGGCUGCAACCUGCCCGUGCCGCCGUCGCCACAGUCGCCGCCGUUGAGGGGUCCGCGGUCCAUGGUCAACUUGCGAUCGCUGCGGCAGCAGCAGGAGCAGGACGAUGAGUUUUGGUUCGACGGCAGGAGGCCGACCACGCCGGACAACAUGCUGCUUGAACCCCUGCCGCGCCUUUGUGUGGCGGCGCCAACCGCCAGGAUGGACCCUUGGCGGAUGGACAGUCUUUCUGCGAUUUUGAACGAAGCUUAG